GAAAGUAUAUUUACUGUAGCUGAUUUCUAGAAAGUGCUGAUCAUGUCAGGCCGAGGCAAGCAGGGAGGUAAAGCGAGGGCCAAGGCAAAAUCUCGCUCCUCGCGGGCUGGGUUGCAGUUCCCGGUGGGUCGAGUGCACCGGCUGCUCCGCAAAGGUAAUUACGCUGAGCGGGUGGGGGCUGGAGCUCCGGUCUAUAUGGCCGCGGUGCUGGAGUAUCUGACCGCUGAGAUUCUCGAGUUAGCUGGCAACGCUGCUCGGGACAACAAGAAAACUAGGAUCAUCCCCCGUCACUUGCAGCUCGCCAUCCGUAACGACGAGGAGCUCAAUAAGCUCUUGGGGAAAGUGACGAUCGCUCAGGGGGGUGUCCUGCCCAACAUCCAGGCCGUGCUGCUGCCCAAGAAAACCGAGAGCCACAAGGCCAAGAGCAAGUAAAGUUGUCAGAGGUUAAGAAGCUCAGUAACUGGCUGGCUGGCUGGCUGACACGUGAC